AUGGCAGAAGAUGGUUAUAAAACUGAAGUAUUUCAGCCUGCACGAGAGUACUUGUUGAAGUUUCAUGACGAAAGAGAAUUGGUUAUUAGGUUAUGUCGGGAUAUAAAUUCAUAUUCGAAAAAGAUGAUUUUCACUCUCCAUCGAGUCCAAAAUGAGAUGACUUUGGAGCUAUAUGAGCAAUUACUUGCCAAUCUCAAGAUCAUUAGUGAAAAAUUGUCUAUUCUUUAUAACAAGUUUCUCUAUAAUGAGAACUUUGUUCAAUUGAAAUCGACCGUAUCAAACUCAGUUGAGGAGAUGAUUGAGGCCUUUACAUUUGCAUAUUACAUUAUGAAUAGAGACGUUUUACCAUAUGAUAAGUUUUCAUACGUAAUACGGUGUCUCAUACUAAGUUACAAUUAUAAAUUAAACCUGUUCAAUACAAAGCUAUUAAAUUAUGCUUUAUGUGAGCUAUUGUUUGAUGUGGUGGAAAACACUAUUACAGACGAGGUUGAAGCUCCAUACGAUAGUGUUGAAUUUGAGGUUGAUUUUAUUUUGCCGGGAGACUACUUGAUGGGCUUGUUCGACCUUACUGGUGAAAUAAUGAGGUACUCCAUUACACACAUCGUCGAUGAGAGACUGAAAACCGUGAACCUAAAAUCGUUGGAGAAUUUGACGUUCAUGAAAAAUCUAAACAAGCAUUUAAAGGAACUCUUUCUUAAAUUCCCAAAUGUUAAUAUCAAUAGGGGUGUGUUUAGUACAGAUCGCAAUUACAAGGCAGGAUCUAUAAUGGAUAAAAAACUCCUUACGCUACAACAAUCAAUUAGUAAAGUUGAAACAAUGAUAUGCGAUAUGUCAAUCAAAGGCAAUGAAGCAGUAGAUUAUAAUGAUCAUAAUAUAUACAAUUAUUAA